AUGCCUCUACAAUUCUCCCGACUUUCUUCCCCCUCACAGGCGCAGCAGGAGCAGCGGGAUGAGAAGUUGAUAAACGACGAGCAGCUUCAGGCUGCUGAGCAGGUACGCGUGGAAGUCGAGAAGCAGAGAAUGCUGGCGGCAAUUGGAGAGUGGAAGCCCCAGGAGAAUGUGGGGAAGCAGUGGCGGCGGAAUUUGCAUAAACGGAGCUGGCGGAAGAAGAGCAAGAAGCAGCAGCAGCUGGCGAAGGCGGCUCAGGAGAAGGCGGCUCAGGAGAAGGCGGCUCAGGAGAAGGCGGCUCAGGAGAAGGCGGCUCAGGAGAAGGCGGCUCAGGAGAAGGCGGCUCAGGAGAAGGCGGCUCAGGAGAAGGCGGCUCAGGAGAAGGCGGCUCAGGAGAAGGCGGCUCAGGAGAAGGCGGCUCAGGAGAAGGCGGCUCAGGAGAAGGCGGCUCAGGAGAAGGCGGCUCAGGAGAAGGCGGCUCAGGAGAAGGCGGCUCAGGAGAGGGCGGCACAGGAGAAGGCGGCUCAGGAGAAGGCGGCUCAGGAGAGGGCGGCUCAGGAGAGGGCGGCACAGGAGAGGGCGGCACAGGAGAGGGCGGCACAGGAGAGGGCGGCACAGGAGAGGGCGGCACAGGAGAGGGCGGCACAGGAGAGGGCGGCACAGGAGAGGGCGGCACAGGAGAAGGCGGCACAGGAGAAGGCGGCACAGGAGAAGGCGGCACUGGAGAAGGCGGCACAGGAGAAGGCGGCACAGGAGAAGGCGGCAGAGGAGAAGGCGGCACAGGAGACGGCGGUUCAGGAGAGGGCGGCACAGGCAACGCCUGGACAGGCAACGCCGGCACAGGCAACGCCGGCACAGGCAACGCCGGCAGGAGUGACGCCGGCAGGGAAAACGACGGCUCCGAAGACGGCGGCACAGCAGACGGCGGCACAGGAGGCGGCGGCACAGGAGGCGGCGGCACAGGAGGCGGCGGCACAGGAGGCGGCGGCACAGGAGGCGGCGGCACAGGAGGCGGCGGCACAGGAGGCGGCGGCACAGGAGGCGGCGGCACAGGAGGCGGCGGCACAGGAGGCGGCGGCACAGGAGGCGGCGGCACAGGAGGCGGCGGCACAGGAGGCGGCGGCACAGGAGGCGGCGGCACAGGAGGCGGCGGCACAGGAGGCGGCGGCACAGGAGGCUGCGGCACAGGAGGCGGCGGCACAGGAGGCGGCGGCACAGGAGGCGGCAGCACAGGAGGCAGUGGCACAGGAGACGGUGGCAUAG